AUGAUAAUGGAAUACUUUCAGAGCAUUUUCCAAUCUGCAAACCCAGAAUUUAUUGAGGAAGCUCUCUCAGGAGUAGGGGAACAUUCUCAGGUUCCCAGUGCUAGUGUCCCAAACAUCCACAAAGGGCAUCUGCUGUGCAAAGCUGUUAUAAAUGGGAAGGAGCAUGUUGUUGUCUCUGUGCCUGGACAGAAGGGAAACCAUCAAUGGGAGUCCUCCUUACUCCAAAUCAGAGAUUGGCUGUUAAUGGGUGAAAGGGUGGGGUGGCAGCAAGUUGAAAUUCAGGUGGGAUGUGAAAUCCUUAAGCAGCAUUUGACUAAAAAUCUUGCUUUUGAUUGUAAUAUAGCUGUUUUGGCCUCGGAUAUUGUUGCUCUUAUUCCCUCUUUCGAGGCAGUGAUUUUCUCUUCUUUGUCUUAG